CUCUGCACCUGUACCAAGCUUAAUUAGGUACUUCCCGUACAUACGACAUUACCUACCCACCUUUUAGCGCAGCAACUUUACGCAAGACCAAACCGAAACUCGCGCCGUCAUGUCUCCCAACAUUCUACAACUUUCUUCCUGUUUAGCGUGCCCGCCUCCGACUCCGCGCUUCUUCAUCUUCCGUCCGUCUUCGCAACACAUCACCAAAUCCUGCAUAAUGCCCGGUCAAAUCAACGGAGAGACGGGUCACGCGGUACCCUCCCACCCCCAUCACAUUGAAGUGAUUGAGGACGAGUCUCGUUCCGAGAAGGGGGAUAACCAACCUAGCCCUGGAUUGAGGGAUAGCAAGGGUUGGGAUGGCAAGCUGCGUAUUGACCGCAACGCUCUGCUGCAGAACCCCGAAGCGCUUUCCGACCCUGAAUAUUCGGACGAGGAUCAUGUAGUUCCUGGCCAAGAGAUCGAUGCUGACGAAGACCUCCUAGAUGAUGAAGAUCCCGACACCGAUGAUAUUAGUCUAGCACAUUCACGAAUCGCCUCUAUUCCCGCUCUUCGACUCGAGCGAUUUAAGAAGGUUGCACGACUCUGUCUACGACAAAAUCUCGUCCAACACAUUGAGGGGCUAUCAAGUCUAGGACCCACCUUAGAGGAACUGGACCUAUACGAUAACCUCAUUUCGCAUGUCAGGGGCUUGGAUGACCUAACUAAUCUCAACACACUCGACCUAAGCUUCAAUAAGAUCAAACACAUCAAACAUAUCGAUCAUCUAACUGAACUUACCGAUCUUUUCUUCGUUUCCAACAAGAUUACCACUAUCGACGGACUGUCAACAUUAACAAAACUCCGACAACUCGAGUUGGGAUCCAACAGGAUAAGAGAGAUAAAGAACCUCGAUGCGUUAAAGAACUUAGAGGAGCUAUGGCUGGCGAAAAACAAAAUCACCGAGCUUAAGGGCCUCGCCGGUUUACCGAAGUUAAGGCUCCUAAGCAUUCAAUCCAACCGGAUCAAGGACCUAACUCCCCUACGCGAAGCCCCUCAAUUAGAAGAGCUCUACAUAUCACACAAUGCUCUCGAGAGCAUUGCCGGUCUAGACGGAAACCCCAAUCUAACGAUCAUCGAUAUCUCCAAUAAUGCGAUCAAGAGUCUGAAGGGUCUCAGUAAUCUUAAGAACAUCGAAGAAGUUUGGGCCAGCUACAACCAACUGUCCGACUUCGCCGAUAUCGAGCGGGAGUUGGCGGAUAAAGAGAAUUUGACAACGGUAUACUUCGAAGGCAACCCAGUUCAAUUGCGGCAGCCCGCUUUGUAUCGAAACAAAGUACGACUAGCGCUGCCGCAAGUCCAGCAGAUCGAUGCUACCUUCGUGAAGACGGUCUAAUUAUACCUCCACAUUAAGACAAGAUGUUUUAAAUGCGAGGUUUUUGAUAUUGCAUAGCAUUGGCGUUUGGGGGGUAUUCUACUAUUACAAAAAACUAACUUGGGGUCAACAAGCGAGCCCUCGCUGCAGUGUUGGGAUAAGCCUCCAUGUAGGCAGCUGGCAAUGAGUAUAUGAAUUUCAAUACUGUAAAGGGAGGGCGAGGAAACCAUUUCAAAACAAAAGAGCCAAACAGUGCUCAAUGCUGAAUUUGUGUCGAAGAUAUCCAUAAGCUCACGCGAAUGGGAAUUCCCAAGUUUCAGGGUACAUUGAUCCAGUCGAAUUUGAUAUCACGAUACAGGUCAAAAAGCCUAAU